AGGCAGCAGAGGUUAGAGUAGAGUCUGUGUGGUGGGGACUAGUAGUGCUGGGCCAAAUGUGUCAUGUUCGCGAUUGCAAAAAACCAGGAUUGUUAAUUAGUGUUCCACGAUUGUUUUUGCUCAAUUGUUUCAAGUGAUGGAUGAGGAGAGCUGUAUUAAUUUCAUGGAUGUUCGAAUAUAUCAAGUAUGAAGCAGCAUAUUAAACGGCUUUUGCAUAUCUCACAAAUAACCACUAUCAAUGGACGCGGCCAUGUUUUCUGGUAGCAGAAAUCGCGAAAAUCUUGCCCAUUAAAUUCCUCGGAUUAGUUAUUGAAAUCACGAUAGUGGAAUCUACAGAAUGCCGAAAAACGAUGUGAAAUUUAAGUGUCUACCAGCUACAUUCGCUUGGACCCUUUUGCUCAGCACUACAACACUUUUUUUCUACUUCCCGUGCCAGUAUUACAUUGGACCGUAUCCAUGGGUUCCUGCACUGCAAGGAGUUAUCACUUUCUUUGUUCUGGCAAAUUUUACCUUAGCAACGUUUAUGGACCCGGGAGUAAUACCAAAAGCUCCACCAGACGAAGAUCGAGAAGAUGAUUUCCGAGCUCCUUUAUAUAAAAAUGUAGAAAUCAAUGGAAUUACAGUUCGCAUGAAAUGGUGUGUCACCUGCAAAUUUUACAGACCACCACGUUGUUCCCAUUGUAGUGUUUGUAAUCAUUGUAUCGAGACAUUCGACCAUCAUUGUCCAUGGCUAAACAAUUGCAUUGGCAGGAGAAAUUACCGAUUCUUCUUCUUCUUUCUCCUGUCGCUCAGUUCACAUAUGCUUAGUAUAUUUGGACUUUGCCUCUAUUUUGUCCUUCUACACAAACAGCAACUAGGCGAAGUUCAGACAAUUGUCGCAAUGGUACUCAUGGGCGUGGUAACGAUACUGGUGAUUCCAAUAUUUGGAUUAACCGGAUUCCAUGUAGUGCUCGUUUUUAGAGGACGCACGACGAAUGAACAAGUCACCGGCAAAUUCAAUACUGGUUACAAUCCCUUCUCUCGCGGAUGUUUGCACAAUUGCUGUUACACACAAUGUGGACCGCAGUUUCCGAGUUUAAUAAAACCUGAAAAGUAUUCAGGAAAACGACGCGGAGCUUGCACGUCCGACAUCUCGAUCAUCGCCACUGAGAACCAGGUAAAAACCUACAUGGAUAGCAGCAAUGGUGUUAGAAAUGCCAGUUCAAAUGCUUACAAUAAGUUAUCGCCUGGUCGUGAUGGAUCCGAUACGGAUAUGGAGCCAACGGCUUCUCAAUCGGCCGAUUGUGAACCAACGCCUCCAUUGCAGAGGCACGGAUCGAAAAGUAAUUUUUUCCUGCCAUCCAUGGAGAAUAAUGACUCUCCAAGACAUCCUCUUCCACCGAGAGGAAGGGGACUGCCAAGAGGCAGUCCACAUCCCAGGCCGAGCGAUCUUUACAGAGGAAUGAAUGGAUCUCGUAGUCACACGCCAGAUGCAUUAUCACCAGAAGGUAGUGGAUCUCCGGCAAUAGGUCCGCAGAGAGGUCAGGGCCAAGGUGGUGCAAGUCCAACGAUGCAGCAACGAAUCAAAGCCAUCGGUGUACCCACCCCUCUUGCCAUUUCCAGUCCAAUUCGCAGAUCGAACCCAGGAACCCCGACGCAGGUCCGUCGGCCGGAUUUCAUUGGUGUGAAUGACGCCCCAGCUUAUUAUGACGUCCAACAGUGUAAUGUUGCCUGUACACACAGUAAUUACAGUCCACAGCGACGUUUUCUCUCCGAAAGUGAAUUAGUACGUCAGGGCAACGAGCAUCCCUAUUCAAGAACAAAUAACACCGUUGACAAUAUCCGUGAACUCGCCGGCUCGCCACAACGGGGAGUUUACAUGUGGAAGGACAAUUCACCAGGCAGCUAUCCAGUAUCAUCGAUGAUUCAGCCAUCACCCUCACAACGUCCGCCACCCUACGAUUAUUAUCGUUCGAAUCCAACGAGUCCCACGCAACAAUUUGCCAAUAAUGCCCAAGUUGUAGCUCAACAAGUACCAAGACCAGCUUAUCAUCCAGCGAUGAGAGGCGGCGUUCCCGUAUUUCCACCUCAGCAUCCACAUCAAUCGCCUCAAGUCAAACGAAAAACAAUGGCAACACCAACAACGCCAACAUCAAAUGAUGGUCGACGACGUCCAAUGAGCUUUGUCAGAGCUUUAGAAAUGACCGACUCCAUGGAAAUGGUCUCAGCGCCAAAUGACACGAGGUCACAACGACCCACAACACCAACGCCCGAUCGCGCCAGCGUUUAUGACAUGAAUUACGAAAUAUCCGUAUAGCGCACCCUCAUCAUCUUCGCGCCAUUCUAUCGAAAAGCGCCGAAGAUCGUCCGAGACACUGCAGACUGUUUCCACGUCAAGUGCAUCAGCGAGCAGAAGUUACGGGGCUACGAGAUUUUUGUUUAAAAAAAAAAGAAGAAAAAAAUUGAGUGCCGAAAUGAAAAUACGGAAAAAACACCCAGUGGAGCAAUAAGUCAAUAUCCGGGAAUUAUUCCUAUUUUUUUCCAGUAUUCUAAAAAAAAAAUUUAUUUAAAAAAAAAUUGCUUUCCAUAAUCGAAAAGUGUGGAUUUCCAAAAGGGAAUUUUUUUUGCUUAGUUUUCAAGAAAUAAAUUCCCGGAUAUACGAAAAUUUCCCUUAAGAAAAACCGGAUAUUUUGGGAAAAUUUGGUGAUGCGUUUUACAUUUUCUUCUCGACAGAGAAGCAAUUCUUUUUUUCCCCCAAAAGGAAUGUGUAUUUUUCAGAGGAAAGGUGCAAUUUAGGAUAUAUUCCGUUGACGAUGAGAAACUCUGUGUGCGCGAAUAAAAUCGAUCAGAACUCAAAAAGUGUCUAAAACAAAUCAGAUUUUCAAUUAAUGUUUUCGAGAUUUUAAAGUCGGGAAUUCUGUAAAUUUUGUACAAUCUUUUCAUUAUUGUUUUUUUUCUUUUUUUCUUAUCUAGUUCAAUGUUUCACUCUAUUAUUAAGUUAAUUUAUUUAUUUUUAAUUUCCUCCAUUUUACUGCGAGCUAUUUUUAUAUUUUGGUUAAAAGAAUAUUUUUUUUUUGCGCUAAUUGUGAAGACUUCUUUUUGUGUUAUCGCGAGUGAAAGUUAAUAGAAGUAAAUUUUAAGAAUAGCAAAUUCAGACUAGGAU